AUGAGAGACAAGAAAAUAUCUCACACGCUGAGAUUUCUAUCAAUUGAUCCCUCAAAAUCCCGAUCUAUUUAUAUCAUUGCCAAAGCCGGUUCCUUUUUGCCAUCAUCGUUUAAUAUCUAUAUAUCAUUCUCUGUCUUUUCAUAUCUAUCCAUUUAUCUAUCUCAAUCUGUCCAUAUCUAUCUAUCUAUCUAUCUCAUUCUUUUCCUCUUCGAUCUUAUUUACUUCGGUAUUAAUCUCACUCUUUUAUUAUCUAACUCAUUUCAUUAUCUAUCUAUCUAUCUAUCUAUCUAUCUAUCUAUCUAUCUAUCUAUCUAUCUAUCUCAUUCUGUUCCUUAUCUAUCUAUCUAUCUAUCUAUCUAUCUAUCUAUCUCAGUCAUUUCACUAUCUAUCUAUCUAUCUAUCUAUCUAUCUAUCUAUCCCUGUAUGUCUCUAUCUAUUCAUCUCUCUAUUUCUUUAUUCAUUCAUUUAUCUUUCCAUUUCUUUAUCUAUCUAUCAGUGUUUUACUCUGUUCAUAUCUAUCUAUAUCUUUACUUAUCUAUUUCUGUAUCUAUCUGUUCAUCUCUCUCUCUCUAUCUAUCUGAUCAUCUCUCUCCCUCUCUAUCUCUGUAUCUCUCUCUCUAUCUCUUCUCUAACUAUCUCAUCUCUCGCUUCCUCCAGGAAACAAUACGAUUAUAA